UUUCUCGCCGCACCACCAACUUGUCACCAAAGAUGGCGAUUUGCUGAGUGCUCAUGGAUAUACACAUUUCUCGGCUAGUUGUUAUCUUACCCGAACCGCCAACUUUGAAAACAAAUUAAUUGCAUAGCGAGCAACUCUUUCUCCGUUUGAAGCACAUCUGAAGCAUCAGACACCGCCAGUAUGCAGAUUACACUUAAAACACUGCAACAGCAGACUAUUCAAAUUGAGAUAGACCCCGAACAAACGGUGAAGGCCUUGAAAGAGAAGAUAGAAGCAGAAAGAGGAAAAGAUAAUUUUCCGGUUUCUGGGCAGAAACUGAUAUACGCUGGUAAAAUCCUGCAAGAUGACACACCAAUUAAGGACUACAAAAUUGAUGAGAAGAAUUUUGUUGUUGUGAUGGUGUCAAAGGCUAAGCCCGCAGCUGCCACCUCGCCACCAGUCUCAGAAACACCCAAGCCCCCUGUACAGGACUCUGGCUCAACGUCAACAGCUGUCCCAGCCACAGCCCCGGCGUCAGCCCCAACCACGACCCCAGCAGCUGCCCCUGUUCCCCCUGAGGAGGCCAAAGAGGAGCCAAGUGCCGCAGCCAUAGAACCACAACAACCAGCCAGCUCCAGUGGUGGGAGUCAGGGCCUGGAUGCCUCUUCAGCACUUGUGACCGGAGCAGAGUACGAGGCGAUGCUCACAGAGAUCAUGUCCAUGGGCUAUGAAAGGGAGAGAGUGGUGGCUGCACUACGGGCCAGUUUCAACAACCCACACAGAGCUGUGGAGUACCUUCUCACUGGUAUCCCCAGCAGCCCAGUCCAGGAGACUAAUCCUCCAGCACAGGCCCCCGCAUCUGGACCAACAGAAGCCCCGUCUCUAGCAGAGGGAGAGAACCCACUUGCAUUCCUGCGGACCCAGCCCCAGUUCCUGCACAUGAGACAGGCCAUCCAGCAGAACCCUGCCCUGCUACCAGCUCUGCUCCAGCAGUUAGGGAGGGAGAACCCGCAACUUCUACAGCAAAUCAGCCAACAUCAGGAGAGGUUCAUCCAGAUGUUGAACGAGCCGGUGGGGGAGGGGGGAGAUGCACCCGAGGUUGGAGAGAUGGGGGCGGCCGGGGAGGAGGGCGCACCUGUCAACUACAUCCAGGUCACACCUCAGGAGAAGGAAGCCAUCGAAAGGUUAAAAGCGCUGGGUUUCCCUGAGGCCCUGGUCAUCCAGGCCUACUUUGCCUGCGAGAAGAAUGAGAACCUGGCGGCCAACUUUCUCCUCAACCAGGGACUGGAAGACGACUGAACACAGAUGACUGCCUUCCAGCCCUCCCUCCCCUCCUCCUCCCUCCUGCCCCUCCCCUCCUCAGCUCAGCAUAAAGACUGUACCCCACCCUUCCAGAUUUACUGUACAACCUCAGCUCGACCCCCAGCGGGAGGGGAGGAGAUGGGAGAGCUGGCGGGGGGGGUGGGGCUGGCUGGCGGGCUGGGCG